AUGUCAUUUUCAGACCCCCAAAGUUCCGAUCAGGAAGCCUACCCGCGCUCUGGAAGGUUUGGGUCAGGUUCUGCUUCUUCCGGGACAUCGCGCACCAUCGGCUUCCUUGAAGGUCUUGGUGGGGAUGGCUUCGAGAUACUCUUGGCGGAGUCCGCUCUCUAUGGCAUUCCUUCAGUGAAUAUAGGUGAGAUAGGGCUCACCAAGCGAAAGGAUUUCGAUCAAGAGGUGUCGGUACUUGGCAGUGGGCUGACUGCCCAAGUCGUUCGACAUGUCACAGACGAUCAAACCGAGACGGUGCUGGCGCCGAACACGACUGUCGCACUGAAGAUUUUUUUCCACCAGCACAAGCCUAACGACGGUUCCAGUAGUAAAACUGCUCGCCAUCUGGUCUUCGACACGAUCCUGAGAGAAGUAAGAGCCUUCGGCCACCGCUCGCUUUCUAGUCAUCCCAAUGUCGUGCAACUUCUAUUCAUCGGAUGGCGCAUGGACGAUCCAUUCCCGGUCCUUGCAAUGGAGCUCGGACAACAUGGCACGUUGGAUUACAUGAUAAAAUACCCUAGCGGGGGGCUAUCAGGCCAGCAGAAAACGCAUGUAACCAUCGACAUCGCGCUAGGGCUUUACGCCAUUCAUCAAGCCGGCUUCGCUCAUGGUGACCUAAAGCCGGACAAUAUCCUUAUCUUCAGUCACAUGGAUCCCAUCCGUCAAGUCGUGGCCAAGAUUACCGAUUUUGGAGGCAGCUUCCAAGACUGCGAAGAGGUCGGUGGGGAACCCGUCCAUGUUACUCCCCUCUGGUGUGCUCCCGAGAUUCUCAACCGAGAUCCCGACGUUGAUUGGGAAAAGGCAGACGUGUAUUCAUAUGGUCUGAUUGUGGGAAGCAUUUGGGGUGGGGCUGGUCGCGCGUAUGGAGCACUUGAAGGACCGAGCUCCUGCUUUCUGACAUCCCUCAUACCUCCGUUUGGGCUGAAAGAGAGUGACGUCCGGGUGUACCUAUGCAACGUCAAGAGCCAAAAGGUCGUCAUAGCCGCACUCGCAGAGAGGCUCACCAAAGUCGGAACGGGCGACAUGGGCCAAGCUGAGUUGCUCGGCCUCCUGACUCCACCGCUCCAACCCUACUUUUGGCUAAGGCCUGAUACCGAAGGGCUGGUACAUAGUCUUUUGCCAUUCGCUGAGUGCGUCGGAAGAAGCAUCUUGGAAGAGAAAGGCGCAACUAUUUCCGGGUUCGAUCGUCCCAGCGCCUACGGCGCCUACGCAGAUCUGCCUCCAGAAAUUCGAAGCUGGACAUCUUCGGCCGCUUUCAUUAAUAUCGUUAACCAACAAAGUAUUCUUGGGAUCAAAGAGAUUGACAGCCGGAUUGACUAUGUACCAAUCACCGACGACAUCCCAGGGUAUUUUACCGAUGAAGUUUCCACGACAGACUUCCUACACUGCUUACAUGAUGCUUUAAUGCGCCUUGUAUCAAGAAAGCUCAAAGCACUUCAGGCGGCGGUGAAAGACUUGCGCGGACCGGACGAUCUUGCGACCAAAGCUCGGCUUUCCAUCCUCAUGGGAAUAACCUCCCUGUCCUCUCAAUCUCUAGACCGUGAGAAGGCUAUGGAAUGGAUACGUGAUGCCGCUCUCCACGGGAGUGAGGCGGCAAUCUGCUUGGCCAGCUUCAUGGUGGAGGGAACCUCUCUCGAGUCACAGUUUCCAAUGCGCCUCUUCCUCUCACUCCUCGCACUUUCACACUCGACCCGGGCAAUGCAAAUUCUUUCCACACGGUGGCCACGGCUCUCUCAACUCAUCCGAGAAGUAAUUUUGGAGAGGCCUUCGGCUUACAAGGAGGCAGGAGAGAAUGGCGACAUCAAAAGUACCAAUUUUUUCAUGUCUCAGUUGGAGCCAUACCUCGUUCAGCCGCCCCCCCUCAAGAGACAGCUCACUCUACGUGAGAGCGUUAUGUUUGGAAAGGUGGAAGAAGUGGAGAAGAUGCUGCAUGGCACCGUUAUUGCCUCGGACUGGGAUGCAGUUCUGUCGGGUCUUCUACAUGAACUAUCGGCUCUUCCUGAUGAACAAGCGGCCUCCCUUGCGAGAACCGCUUACAAAAAGGGCGCAAAGUUGGACCAUUUCGCCGCUGUCGAGUCCCCGCUGAUCAAAGGGGUGUUGGGUGAUGAUCUAUCACUGCAUUCUCCCCUUUCUUCUGCCAUCAAACGUGGGAAGCCACUCCUCGCAUCUGCGAUCUUUUGCAUCCAUGUCGAAUGUGAUGUGCCCGUACCAAACAUCUCCACGGCCCUUGAACUCAGCUUUGGGUUGUUAUACCACGAGAUAGGCGGGAUGCUUCUCCAGCUCUACAAUCAAAACCCUGCCAUGUGCCAGCACAGUCCCGAACUGCAGGAUGCAACGGAGAUCCCCAUUUCGAAACUUCUAUCAAUCGCACAGUCCGGGAUCGACCUUUUCGAAGUCGAGAGACGAGCCAUGCACGGUGGCGAGUACGACAACGCUUACACGAAGACCCUUCAUGUCCUCCUUGCCGAGGGCUUGAAUCCGGCAGAAGGAUCAAUUGGAUCAAGCCCACUUGCAGAUGCUCUCCGCUUCGACGAUAUCAUUAGUGUCAAGCUCUAUAUCCAACAUCUCCGGGACCGAGGAUCCGACAUUGUGGCUCACCUAGAAGAUCCCGCAAACUUGUGGCAAGAGGGCAAGGAGCACCUCCACUAUACGGCCCUGUGUCGCUGUGUCCUAUACGGCUCCAUCCGUUGUCUCGAAUAUCUCCUCACCGAAUUCCCGCAUCUUCCUGCCAUGGCCAAAGACGAAGCGAUCCAUGUGGCCUGCAUACGUCAACCGGACACACGCUUUCUGAGCUUGCUGCUGGCAAGCGGUGCCGACGUCAUGGAGAAGGACAGCAACGGAUUUGCAUCGCUUUAUUUUGCCCUCUCGCAUGUCAGCCUUCCGGCGGCCGACAUGAUUGCGGAACAUUGUUCAGAAGAGCAGCUGAGGACGCUGCUGUGCCGCGACCCAGAUUAUUAUGGGCGUUCGGUAUUCUCUGAUCUUUUGCAUUUCCGCAAGCGCAUAAACACCACGCAGGUAGCAUUCCAAAGGGUUGAGUUUAACGGAACGCCCGGUCUAGUCCGCAGUUUCGAAUGGCUUGCGGCUCAUGGGGGCGUGCAUUUCGCCCCAUACUGCUUUACAGAAAUUAUCGGCCAACCUAGGCCUUCAUCCCGGACCGACCAGAUACUGGAUUUGAAGAUUUUUGAGUUCAUGCUCGACCAGUUCCCCUAUCGAGUGGAUACAGAAGAACGACGGACGGAUUUACUCCACCAGGCGUCCCUAAAUGGCCAUGUGGAUAUAGUGAAGCUGCUCGUUGAGCAGCGAAAGUUCAAUGUAGACGCCAUUGUGAACACCGAUGGGCCAUUGCCAGGGAGUAGUGCGGCACGAGGCCUUACGACGCUGGACCUUGUUUCCUUCAACAUGUCCGCGCCUGGACCCGCCCGUGUUAACAUUGACGAAGGCUCGUUGUACGACGUGCUGAGCUGGGAGAAGGAUAUGGAGGAAAUCAUGAAAAUACUCGCAGCCUCCAGCAAUUACUCUGAAGACUUCCACAUCGAGAAAGUCCACAAUUACUUCGCGGAAAUCGAACAACAUCUCAUAAGGUCGGGUGGGCUCGCGGAGUUGGCCGAGCAUCUGGAUCCGGGCGCGAAGGACAUAAUCGCCAGUCUAAAGCGGAGACAACAAUCAGUGAUCAGCUGGCCCGCGCCGAUACCGCACCCCAGCAGCAGCAGCAGCAGCAGCGCGCGGCCUGAACAGGAGGGUGCUCGUCCGACCAAUUCGAGUGUAACAGCUCGCUGGGAUGAGAUCGCCAAUCCCAAGGUCCGGCGCAAGCGUCUCCAAAAGCGAAAAGCACUUGAGCGAGUCGCACAAGAACAACGGGGCCCAAAGUUCAAAAAAAAACUCAACAGCGUGGCUCGUUCCAUGAAAGUGGCAUGGCGCCUUCCUCCUCACUGGAAGGUAAUCGGCUUUGUCCAAAUGGCGGAAGGUCAAGAUCUAGAGAGAGCACUGUUUCAAGACUGCACGACUGGAUUCAUCACGUUCGAGAAGCCGAAGCUCUGGUGCGGAGAGGAAGUGGAGCCGUUCGAGGGUAAAGAGUAUCCGGAGGUAGUAGUCAGGAGUCCACCUACGCUCCGGCUGAGACCGUCACAGGAAAAGGGGAAGCAACCCGUGAGAGAGUAG